CCAUGGAGACUGUGGAGGUGGAGGAGGGCCAGCUGGUGACCCUGAGCUGUGUGGCCCCACCCAUGGAGCAUGGCCCCCUGCAGUGGGUGUCCCCCUCGGGGUUCACCAUCUUCUUAAACCAGCAUCCCGCUUUAAAAAACACCAAAUACCAGCUUCUUCAUCACUCCUCCAACGAGCUCUCCAUCCAGGUGGCCAAUGUGACCCCGCAUGACGAAGGCGUGUACACGUGUUUACAUUAUGGCAGCUCCGUGAGCACAAAGGCAGUGGAAUUGGUGCUGGCAACGCCUCUCAAGCCCACCCUGGAAGCUUCUGUCAUCAGAACGGAAAACAGGGAAGAGCAGGUGGCACUGACGGGCUCCACGGCGAGGAGCAGGCUGCACCCCCAGAUAACCUGGCGGCUGGGGAACCCCACGGAGCUCCCUGUUGCAGCGAUGGAAGAUUUUAGUACAUCAAUGACGGACAAAGAAGAGGAAGAACAAACCACUCAAGACCCCGACUUGACCUCUGGUGCUUACCCUCAGUUUGAUGGACUGGUGAGGAAGAAAAGUGGCAUACUGCUGCUCACACUCGUGGCCUUCCUCAUUUUCAUUCUCUUCAUCAUCGUCCAGCUUUUCCUGAUGAAGCUUCGGAAAGCACACGUGAUCUGGAAGAAAGAAAAUGAAAUUUCAGAAUACACUCUAGAAAGUUACAAAUCGAGGUCAAAUAAUGAAGAAACAUCAUCCCAGGAGAAAUAUAGCCAAACUUCCCGUCCUAAGAGGUGCGUGGACUACAUCACACAGCUGUGCUCCGAGGCAAAAGCGAAACGGAAGGAGCACACGCAGCAGCAGACGUUAAUGAGAGGGCACACGCGUGUGCCGGAGAGUGUCGUGUAGUGCCCGCGGCGGAGAGCACGGCCCGCAGCGGGGAGUGUGGCUCCUGGCGAGGCGCAGCCCGCGCUGGGCAGGCAGGAGGGGCCCAGCCAGUGGCAGGAGGAACCCGAGCCGAGUGCCACGCAGGACAGCGUCUUUCUCGGGAAUCAGCCUGACUCAGACCAGCAGACAGGCUGAACAUGGACCUGAGGUUUUGCAACCUAAGAUGCCUGGCCCUACUCCAAAGCAGGAAGAUGCUACUGAGCCUUGGACUGGUCAGUGGAACCCACCAACAGGGUAUUGUUAUGGGAACAGAUUUUAGAUGGAACUAGUGAAACUACUAAAAAAAAACUUUAAAUCUUUCUUUUUGGUCCGGCCUGUGUAACUCAGUGGUUGAGCAUCAACCUAUGAACCAGGAGGUCAUGGUUUGAUUCCCAGUCAGGGCACAUGCCUAGGUUGCAG